UCCACGCGUCCCGCCAUCUGGGUCUCUCUCAUGUCUCAUCUGAAGAACACAUUUUUCUUCGCCAAGUAGGUUUCUUUGUAACUGAAAUUGGGGGACAGGAAAUAAACACCCAAAAAUUGUGAACCCAAGAACUUGACGGCGUGAAUCUUGAAGCCACUGCUUUUCAUUUUUAAAGAAGAAGAAGAAGAAGAUGAAGAGAUUGUUUCAAGUGCAGAAGGAAGGAUCUAAUUAAGUUGCCAGAUCUGGGUGGAUUCAUGAAUUGAUGGCAAGGGGUAGGAACUGCUGGAAAAGUUCAAGAACAGCAGCCCCGAUCUGGGUUUUCUCCGUGCUUCUCUUCUACACUGUCUUCCAUAUGGCUCUUCGAAAUUCUUCAUCUCCCAACCCAUCCUCGUCUUCUUCUUUUUCCGACACUUCAAUUUCAAAUGCUGAACGAAGGUCUAGACUGUAUGAUAAGAUGGCCAGGGAUUUGGAUGAGCAUGGUGCAACUUUUCUUAAGCAGGGAGAAACUUCUCAAUCAUUGUCACUUUCAGAUCUUUUCACUCUAAAGGAUGGAUCUGUAAUGCCUAUUCUCAAGGAUGCCACCCCUCCCGUGCGGGCUAAUGUUUUAUAUCUCCAUCCACAAUACUCAGUUCCUAUCUCGGAGGCUGUAAGGAAUAUAUUUAUACCCCACUUUGACAAAAAGAUCUGGUUUCAAAACUCAUCUCUGUACCAUUUUAGCUUGUUCCAUGCUUCGCAUCAUAUUGCACCUACCCCUGCUACAGAAGAGGAGAUUGAAGCUGAAGCAAAUGCUGUCAAAGCAGUUGCAGACAGUCUGUGCCCUUUAAAAAUUGUCUUAGAUAGAGUGGUUUUGACAUCAACAGGUGUGCUUCUGGGGUGCUGGCAGGUUAUUUCUGGGACAGAUCCUAUGACCAUUCGUGCUAAACUGAGAACUGCUCUUCCUCAUGCCCCGGAGAAACAACUUUAUGAUGCUGCUAUCCUUCAUACAUCAUUUGCAAGGCUUCUUGGUCAGCCUAAUGGUUCACCUAUGGGGAAGGAUGAAACUUCAGGACUACAAAUUUUCCACGAUUUAAUCAAACGACUAAGCGACCAAAUCCGAGGGGUUCAGGCAGUGGUUUCGGAGCUGUGGUAUGUAGAGGAAUUCGAUGUUCUGGCCCUCGCCUUGGACGGAAGAAUGAAGGCUCGUAAGUUCCAACUCAGCUGCUCAAAAGCUUGAGGACUCUCCAACAUCUGCACAAUAUAGCAUUUUCAGGACAAAGUUUCUUCAUCAAGACGGUCUUUUGACGCGCUGCUGGCACUGAAAAUGCUGUGCUCUGUGUUCAGCUUGGUUGAAAUCCUAAUUCUGUGGUGGUUCUUGUUUGCAUCGGGUGUGAUCAGUUCGAUACCUAACGAGUGAUAUCAGAGCCAAUUACCUACCAACCAUGGUCCAGCUUAUGGGAUGAAAUUGCUGUAAAACUCCACGAAAACGUCUAAGUCGAUAAUACUGUUGUUUGUUUGUAAUUUGAUGUUGGCAUUUCGAUAGUUCAGAGGUUAUUCACGUUAGAAACACAGAUUGUGACGAGUUUACAUCCUCUUCGUCCUCAGUAUGUAUCCUAUAAUCAUGGAAGUUGACACCAUAUUUUGCUGCAUUUCAUGUGCAGUCAUCUGGACUGUGUUAAUGGAAUCACAAGUUGCCAACAAUGUUUGUGACA